AUGGAGUUAAGUGACAACGAGCAGACGACGGAUGCACGGGUGCAAGUUUUCAGUGUGAGCCACAAGAUGAGCCCGUGGACCAAGGAGAACCCUCACUACGGAGCCUUCCAUAAAGUGCAUCAGCGUGACCCCCAUGACCUUGACCUCCAGCGUGACCCCCAUGACCUUGACCUCCAGCGUGACCCCCUUGACUGUGAUCACGGAGAGAUCUACUCCUCCACCCAUUUGGGGGUCGAGGGUCAGGUGGGGGUCGAGGGUCAGAACUGCUGCUACGCUGACCCCGUUUCAAACAGGGGUCGCUUUUUGCAGAUGUUCCGUGCCAUAGCUCUCAUGCUAAUUCCUCUAAUGGCACUGGUCAGUCUGGCCUGCUACUGGAUGGUCACAAACGUCAUCGUCAAGAGUGACCUUGAGAACGACAAGGUCAUGGUCAACAGGGGUCAGACUGUAGGUAAGUACAACAUCUAG